AUAAAAAUAGCCAGUAGCUGCAAAGUUCUGUUUCUUUGUUUCGUUAUUGAAAACAUAUUCCUUCUAUUAGAUUAUUAAUAUUAUAUCAUCUUGCAGAACAGGUUUCCCUUUAGUGUGACUUCUUUUAACUUAACUUUGAAAGAAGUUUCAUUAAAGGAAAGCUGAAAUUUUCCCAGAGGGCAUCUUGUUAAUGCAUCCUGUAAUAACUAACUUUUGAAAGAAAAAUAUGUUGUUUACAUACAUGCUGUAAGUAUAAAAAUAUACUUAAAAAGGAGACAAGCAGUUAUUGGAUUGUUUUUAUUUAAUAAAGAGUAUAUGUAAGUACUAUAUAUCUUUUAUCUGGAAGAGUAAUUUAAGUUGCCGUUCAGGAUAUCUCCAUAAGCUUUUAAUAUUAAAUUAUUACUUUCAUGCGUUUUCAAAAUACUUCAUAAAACUAACUGUCGUGUGCUUAAACUGAAAAAUAUAUACUUCAUAUCAGGCUUUAAUCCAAUAGGAACAUCACUUCUAGUUUAAAAUUGUUGGCUGGGUAUGUGAGCAGUUAUCUUCUAGAGAAAGCUGAUUAGUCCCUGCUUCCUGCGUGAAUUCCAGAGGCUAUCUAGGGCACUGGCUUGCAAACUCAGAAGUGUCAUUGGCAUCUUGAGAUAAGUUCAGUGCUCUCCGGUACAGCCAGGUUAACCAAAGACCAAAUUCUCAUUUUCUGUCAUAGGCACAUUACAUUAGUAGGAAGUCUUACUGAAAAGCUAUGUAAUAAUCUGAAGGUUGCUUGGUGACCAUGGAAUCAGACCAAAGGAAGUUAGGUGUAUUACUUUAAUGGCUGGUAUCAUUUAUCUUUAUUUUAUGGAGGUAUCUGUCAUAUAGACUAUAGAUUCCCUCUUAUUUGUAGCCCAGAAUAUCCUCACCUCUAAAUUCUCUUGGGAGUCUCAAAUUUGCCUCUGUAAUACUUCCUUUCAGACGCUUCUCUUACUAAGUUCCUAUGCCCACCUCUUUACUUCUUGUUACCCAACACUUACAUUGAGUAUUACAUAGUUGAGAGUCAGCCUGGGAGCUUUUCUUUCUUCAUAAGGUGACUCUUCAUAACUACACUCUCAUCUCCUUUGUGUGUUUUAUACUUUAACCUGAGAGCACUAUUUUUUUCCCGGUAAGUUUAGCAAGCAGAGUUGUGGCAUCUUGCACUUCUUUCUGUGUACUAUGAACACAUGCAGCAUCUGUUCCACAGCUUAGUACAAAAAAUCUUUUUCGAAGUAAGACCGUAUCUUUGUGUAUUCUUCUUACCAAAUUGUUAUACCUUUUGAAUAGCAUGAUAGGAAUUUACCUACAGCAUGGGUUGGCAUACAUAUAUUUUCUGUAAAGGACCAGGAAGUAAACAUUUUAGGUUAUGUGAACCAUAAAGUCUUUUGCACCACUUUUGAUCUGUAGCAUGACUAUGGGCGUAGGUAAUACAUAAAGGAAUGGGUGUGUCCAUAUUUGAAUAAAACUUUAUAUACAGGCAACUAGUUGGAUUUGGCCUGACAAUUGGCUGCCCUUCAUAUAUUCUGUCUUGUGAACUGUCUUUGUUGACCCAUAUACUGCAUUAGAUUUCAGUACUUUGGCAACUUAUUUCCAACGUAAAAUUCUCAGAACAACCUUAGAUACUCAAUGGUAAAUACCAGUUAUAUCUGUUGAUGGGUGUUUAGCUGCAACAGGAAACCACAUUAAUGGUGGCUUAAGCAGUAAAGGUAUCCAUUUGUCUCACCAAUCUGGAAAUCAGAUGUUCUAGUUUUAAAGGAAUGCCUCAAAGAUCUAAUACUAUAUAUGUUCCACUGUCCAUAAGUGUGCUGGCUUUUUGUACUUGUAUUAUUACUUCAUGACUAUAAAAUGGCAGUCUCUGCUCCAGGAAUCACAUCCAUAUUCAUGUUUGAGGCAGGAAAAAGGAAGAAGAUAGGCGCCAACUGCAUCUGGUCCUUCUUUAAAAGCUUCCCAGAAUACUUCCCCUUUAUCUCAUUGGCUAGAACUGGAUUACAUGGCCAGCCCUAACUACAAAGAAAGCCAGGAAAAUAAGUACCUCACUUUUUCAGCCUAAUGGGAGAGUGGUUGGUGAUGGUGGAAGUAUUUCCAAGGGAAAAAUAUGUUCUUUAAAAGCACGAGCUGUCUUGAUUGAUAUGGAAGAAGGGGUAGUGAAUGAAAUUCUGCAGGGACCACUGAGAGAUGUAUUUGAUACGAAACAGCUGAUCACUGAUAUUUCUGGCUCAGGAAAUAAUUGGGCUGUGGGUCACAGAGUUUUCGGCAGUCUUUACCAAGACCAGAUUUUAGAGAAACUCAGAAAGUCGGCAGAGCACUGUGAUUGUUUGCAGUGUUUCUUUAUAAUACAUUCCAUGGGAGGAGGAACAGGAUCUGGACUUGGCACAUUUCUUUUAAAGAUGCUUGAAGACGAAUUCCCAGAAGUAUACAGAUUUGUGACUUCCAUUUAUCCUUCUGGUGAGGAUGAUGUCAUAACCUCACCUUAUAAUAGCAUCUUGGCAAUGAAGGAACUUAAUGAGCAUGCAGACUGUGUGUUGCCCAUUGACAAUCAAUCUUUAUUUGACAUCAUUAGCAAAAUCGACCUCAUGGUGAAUUCUGGAAAGUUGGGUACAACUGUGAAGCCAAAGAGCCUGGUUACUUCAAGUUCUGGGGCUUUAAAAACGCGGCAUAAGAAGCCCUUUGAUGCAAUGAAUAACAUUGUGGCAAAUUUGCUGCUCAACCUAACGAGCUCUGCAAGAUUUGAAGGAUCCCUUAAUAUGGACCUUAAUGAAAUCAGCAUGAAUUUAGUUCCUUUUCCUCAACUUCAUUAUCUCGUGUCAAGCCUAACACCUCUGUAUACACUUACAGAUGUUAACAUUCCUCCUAGAAGAUUGGAUCAGAUGUUUUCAGAUGCCUUUAGUAAAGACCACCAGCUGCUUCGGGCGGACCCCAAACACAGUCUUUACCUUGCCUGUGCGCUCAUGGUUAGAGGAAAUGUACAAAUUUCAGAUGUUCGUAGAAAUAUUGAAAGAUUAAAACCAUCUCUACAAUUUGUCUCCUGGAAUCAAGAAGGCUGGAAGACCAGCCUGUGUUCCAUACCUCCUGUGGGCCAUUCUCAUUCUUUAUUAGCUUUAGCAAAUAACACGUGUGUGAAGCCCACCUUCAUGGAACUGAAGGAGAGAUUCAUGAGGCUCUACAAGAAAAAGGCUCACCUUCAUCACUAUCUACAAGUUGAAGGGAUGGAAGAAAGCUGUUUCACAGAAGCUGUGUCAUCUUUAUCAGCACUCAUACAGGAAUAUAACCAACUGGAUGCCACAAAAAACAUGCCUGUGCAAGAUUUACCCAGACUAAGCAUAGCUAUGUAAAAAAGAAACCCUCAAAAAUACUUUCUUAAUUUCACAUUGUUUUUUCUGACCUUUCUGUUUCAAUAUUUUUGUAAUUUGGAAACCAGUUUUUUCAUAUUAGGAAAUAUUUUUGUCUAAAAGAGUGAUUUCUGUUUAAUCACAAUUUGUUGGUAAUACCAAUGUGUGAAAUUAAUGAAAUCUUAGUACCUUAACUUCAAACAUUUCUCUUCAGAAAAGUUCCCUUUUCUAAAAUUGAGAGAACAGAGUUCUUGAAUAUUUUGCUGUAUUUAUAGCCUCAUAUUUAGGCAUUUAUGCACUGAUAAUCAUAUCUUCAAUUAAAAUCUUGUAUAGAUAUAUUUGUAUAAUUAUUUAUAAUUUAUAUUUUGAUAUUCUAUUUAAGUUAUCCUGAUUCUUUAAACGUAGAUCCUGGGAGUAGAAGAACACAGUAUAAAUAUUUCCAUGUAAUAUCCACUAAAUUUUCAGGCAUAGGUUUUAUUACAACUGUUAAGGAGGUUUUGCUGCUUCUUUAGAUAACAAUUUGUUUGCUCAAAAGAAUCCUAAUUUGUACACUUAACAUGUAUUUGUAUUAAACUUUUUAAAUAAUUGCUUUCUUAUCAAACCAAUUGAUUUUAUAAUAAAUGUCCAUGUUUUUCAACAGUACUACUUGUUAUUGUUCUGCAUGUCAUUUAUACAAAUGAACAGAAUGUUACUAAGCUUGAUACCUUCCAAACUUUGCAAUAAAUGGCUGUAAUUGUUCCAGUUACUAUAA